GCGAUCUUCCGUCCAGAUGACGCAGGGGAGUGGCGCGCGAAGCUGAAGAUGGCCCACGACGCGGCGCAGGCAGGGACCAUUGUCGCGAGUGGAGCGGCCUCGUGGGAUCCGCGCGUGGGCCAGGAGGCGGACGACGAGGGCAAGGAGGAGGAAGGCGAGGUGGACGAGGACGAGUCCGGCGCGCUGGACGACAGCAACGGGGCCAAGGCGUGGAAGCCGAAACGGACGCUGAGAAAUCACUUGGACGCCGUGCGUGCGAUCGCGUUCCACCCCACAGAACUCUGUCUCGCGACCGGCGGCGACGACUGUACGGUCAAAAUAUGGCGCAUGGACGUCGCCGGCCUCGCCUCAUCCGCCGCGCGACUCGUGACGGAGGUGGAGCCGCGGCUCACGCUCCGCGGACACUCCGCCGCGAUCACCCGGCUCGUCAUCGCGCCGUCGCGCCAGCUGCUCUACUCCGCCUCGCUCGACCAGACCGUGCGCGUGUGGGCGCUCCCGCCAGCCGCGCACACGACGUACGCGCCGUUCGACCGCACGCGGAUGCGCGGCGAGCUCGUCGGGCACACGGACGCGGUUUGGGACCUCGCGCUCGCGCGCGACGAGAGCACGCUCAUCAGCUGCGGCGCGGAGGGCGCGGUCAAGGUGUGGGACGUGAGCGGGCCCGCGGGCGGCGCUCUCAAGCUAUCGUGGUCGUACUACGGCCUGGACCACGAGGGCGAGCAGACGGAGGGCAUGCCGGGCGCGACGGCCGUCGAGGCGAUCAAGGUCGACCUCAAGAAGGUCGCCGUCGCGUACCAGAACGCGGUCGUGAAGAUCUUCGACAUCGAGGCGGGGAAGGAGCUCAUGCGGUUGCAGAGCGAGCCCGGUCACGACGGGCCCUCGUCGCAGGUGAACAGCCUCGUCUCGCAUCCUACGAUGUCGCUCCUAGUCACCGCGCACGAGGACAAGUACAUCCGCGUCUUCGACAUCGAAACAGGCCAAUGCACGCACUCGAUGCCGGCGCACCUCGACGGCGUCACCUCGCUCUCGAUCGACGCGGCGGGCUUCUCGCUCCUCUCGGGCGGGCACGACUGCUCGAUCCGCUUCUGGGACAUCCUCGGCACGCGCGCGUGCGUGCAGGAGAUCACGAGCCACCGGGAGAAGGCGCACGAGGGCGUGCUCGACGUGCAGUUCCACCCGUCGCUGCCGUUCAUGGCGAGCGCGGGCGCGGACGGCGUCGUCAAGCUCUACGCCUCGUCGUGAUCGCAGUCGAUAGCUUUGCGUCGUUGCUACAUACCUCUUGUUUGCUCUGCUGUCCUAUCCAUAAUUUUUUUCUUCUUUUUUCCCCCGCACUCUGUCUUUCCCAUGUUUCACUCGGGUUUUCUUUCUUUAUACCGGACCCGUCUGUCCCGCACCAGAGAUGCUUUUUAUGCGCGG